AAAGCAACGUAUUAGUUGAGUGGAAAACGUGAGCGUGUUUGGAACUUGUCAACCUAACUAGUGGCUAGCUAAGCAUUUCAUAAAAGUUCUAAAUUUAUAGAAAAUUAGUUGGUGAUUUUUCUGUCGAUAAAUUUUGCCGUGAAUUAACGUACCAAAAAAAAAAAAAUAAUAAUUACUGUGAAUACGCAUAGGUAAAUUUGGGUUAAGAAAAUCAGUUAGAAGUUAUUGAUUAUAAGCUUCAAGAGGGCGAAGAAGCGAGUGCAGUGUAUAUACGUAACGCGCGGUUAAAGUGUAUCUAUACGAACUUUCAACUGUGCAUUUUUAUCGGAAAAUUUGGUAAUUGAAAGCCGUUUGUAGAAAACUCGCACGUCAAAUAAGAUAAAUUUCCAUUAUAAUGGCGACAAGUCCAAAACCCGUCAAGAAGGUGCCCAUCCACCUUCAGAGCUCCCAGAACCGCGUCUAUAUCAAGAAUGGACAUAUCGUCAAUCACGACAAGUCAUUUAAGGCCGAUAUUUAUAUUGAGGAUGGCAUAAUUAAAUUUGUGGGACCCGCAUCCGAUAUCGUUGUGCCCGGUGGCGUACGCAUUGUGGAUGCUGCAAACAAAUUGGUGCUGCCCGGUGGCAUUGAUCCACACACCCACAUGCAACUGAAGUUUGGCGGUUGCGUCGCUGUAGAUGAUUUCUAUCAUGGCACCAAAGCGGCCGUAGCUGGCGGCACCACAACCAUAAUCGAUUUCGUGCUGCCCGACAAGGGUGAAUCGCUCGUUGAAGCCUACGAUAAAUGGCGCGCUUGGGCUGAUCCCAAGGUCUGCUGUGAUUAUGCGCUCCAUGUGGGCAUUACUUGGUGGUCCAAAUCUGUGUCUGAGGAAAUGAAAAUUAUGUGCGAAGAGUUGGGUGUCAAUUCUUUUAAAAUGUUUAUGGCCUACAAGGGUCUGUAUCAGUUAAAUGAUUCGGAGCUCCUAGAGGCUUUCGAACGAAUACGUGCGCUAAACGGUGUUGCACAGGUGCAUGCUGAGAACGGCGAUAUUAUUGCGAAGAAUGUGCAGAAAUUAUUGGCCGCUGGUGUUACCGGUCCAGAGGGCCACGAGCUCUCGCGGCAGGAGGAAGUAGAGGCUGAGGCAGUCAAUCGAGCCUGUAUACUGGCACAUCAGGUCGAUUGUCCGUUAUACGUAGUGCAUGUAAUGAGUAAAUCGGCAGGCAUUGAGGUGGCGCGUGCGCGCAGACGCUACAAGAAUACCGUCAUCUAUGGCGAAACCUUGGCUGCGGCACUCGGUACCGACGGCACCAACUACUGGCACGAGUGCUUCCAACAUGCCGCGGGUCACGUGCUCAGUCCACCGCUACGACCCGAUCCAACGACGCCCGCCUUUAUGAUGAACCUAUUGGCGAACGACGAUCUGCAGACUACCGGCAGUGACAAUUGCACCUUCAACAAGGAACACAAGGAGUUGGGCAAAGGCAAUUUCACCAAGAUACCGAACGGUGUCAACGGCGUUGAGGAUCGCAUGUCCGUUGUUUGGGAGAAAGGUGUGCAUGCUGGCCUAUUGGAUCCCUGCCGCUUCGUCGCCGUCACCAGUACCAAUGCCGCCAAAAUAUUCAAUCUCUAUCCACAAAAGGGACGCAUCGCCGUGGGCUCUGAUGCUGAUAUUGUCAUCUGGAAUCCGAAUGCUACACGCACCAUUUCCAAAGAGACGCAUCAUCAUGCAUGCGAUUUUAACAUUUUCGAAGGCAUGGUAUGUCAUGGUGUGCCCGAAUUGGUAUUGGUACGCGGACGCAUUUGCGUCGAAGAUGGCAGCGUACGCGUAGCCGAAGGUUAUGGACGCUUCGUUAAUACACCGACACGUCCGCCAUAUCUCUACGAUGUGUUGGAGGGCAAGAUUGCAGCCAACGAAGAACACAAUGGCGAGGAACAUGAAGAACAAUUGAAUAACGGUUUGAAGAAAUUGGAUUUGGGCGCUUUGGAAAUUGAAAUACCCUAUCAGGAGCCCAUCUCACGCACAUUGCUCUCCAUGCCGGGUGCUGCGGGUUCGGUAGCCAGUACACCAUCUGGGCGGGGACGCGUCGAAGGUACACGCAACAUGCAAGAAUCAACGUUUUCCGUUAGCGGUAAGCAAUCAGGCUUAGUUAAUUCAAAUGAGGAGCUGGAUAAAUCUGGUAAUCGCUCGUGCAUUCGUGUCAGAAAUCCACCAGGUGGCAAGUCUUCUGGUUUCUGGUAAAUCAAUGCAACCACGCGCAGUCAUCACACACCGGCACCAAAUCGCACAAUUCGAUACAUACAUGCAUACAGACAUACUUACAUACAUAGUUAAGUAACCGUAAGAGAUUUGCGAGUUGGCUAAAUGCCAACAUACAAUACAUACACACUUAUAUAUAUGCGUAUAUGUGUAUUGUGUUUGUAUGUAAGCAAAAUGUGGUUUAUUGCGACAACAUGACAUCCCUACAUACAUACUUACAUACCAUAUAUAAAAAUCGCAAAAGACGUGUAUCCAAAAUAACAUGAAUCAAAAGCCGAGAAGCUACCAAACCAAA